ACAUUAAUGUUGCUGAAAUUCAACUUACAGACGAUCUGAGGAGAAUCGCUGCCUGGUGUUGCUCAAAUAGCCUACUUACCAAUCCCGAAAAGACUAAACUUCUUCUGUUUUGUACAACACAUAUGCUCAAUCAUGUGCAAGACUUUCGAGUGACUUUCCUUGAAAAGGAACUACGACCGGUAUCUUCAGCCCGAGAUUUAGGAAUGGAAUCUGAUGAAUGUCUGAGCUAUGAUGAGCAUAUUACCCACGUGGUCUCAAAAUGUACAAAUUCUCUUUGCCAGAAUUAG